GCCGUUGCCCCUUUUCCCCCGUCACCUUCUCUCUCUCUCUCUCUCUCUCUCUUUUCUAUUAUGUGAUCGAGACCAAGGAAGGAAAAGCAAAAAAAAAAAACAAAAAACGAGAUAAAAAUCUUAUUUUGGGGGUAUACCCAUCGUAAAUAUCUCCUCUUGUUCUUCAAAAAGCUCUAGGAUUUGUUGGUUUUGGUGCUUGAAUCAUUAGUUUUAAAAAAGAAACUAAGAGAGAGAGAGGGAAAAGAGGGAGAAAGGAGAUGGGGAAUUGCGUGGACACUUCAGUGAGGGUUGGGCACGCUCAUCAAACAACUUAUGCGCGCGGAGUCAACCGCAAAACAAGCGAGCCGAUGGCUCCCUUAACUUUGAGCAAGCCGGCCCCCGCGGCUCUCUCCGCGUGCCUUCCCGCCGCUCGGACGGAAGGCGAGAUCCUUUCGUCCCCGAAUCUGAAGGCGUUUACGCUGAACGAUUUAAGGAGCGCCACGCGAAAUUUCCGAUCCGACAGCCUCAUCGGGGAGGGAGGAUUCGGGUACGUUUACAAGGGCUGGAUCGACGAGCAAACUCUUUCUGCCUCCAAGCCAGGAUCGGGGAUGGUCGUUGCAGUUAAAAAGCUCAAGCCGGAGGGUUUUCAGGGCCACAAGGAAUGGCUGACGGAGGUUAACUACCUGGGGCAGCUUCACCAUCCCAAUUUGGUUAAGCUCAUUGGAUACUGCUCGGAGGGCGACAACCGCCUUUUGGUUUACGAGUUCAUGCCGAAAGGAAGUUUGGAGAAUCAUCUCUUCAGAAGAGCUCAGCCGCUACCGUGGGCGAUAAGGAUAAAGGUGGCCGUCGGGACCGCGAGGGGUCUCUCAUUUUUGCACGACGCCAAGACACAAAUUAUAUAUCGCGACGUGAAGGCCUCGAACAUUCUCCUCGAUUCGGAAUACAAUGUGAAGCUUUCAGAUUUUGGAUUGGCGAAAGCGGGACCAACCGGGGAUAAAACCCACGUUUCGACGCAAGUGAUGGGCACUCACGGUUACGCUGCUCCAGAAUACAUUGCUACAGGUCGGCUCUCCGUGAAAGCCGAUGUUUAUAGCUUCGGUGUAGUACUGCUGGAGUUGCUAACCGGGAGGCGGGCCCUCGACAAGUCGAAAGUUGGAAUGGAGCAGAGCUUGGUGAACUGGGUCAAGCCCUACUUAUCCGGAAAGCAGAAGCUGCACCGCAUAAUGGACUUGAAACUCGAAGGGCAGUACCCCGGGAAAGGCGCCCAAAUCAUCGCGAGCCUCGCCUCGAAGUGCUUGUCCAGCGAGGCCAAGCUCCGGCCCAAAAUGUCGGAAGUGCUCGCGACACUGGAGCAGCUGCAGGACAUGAAGCACAGCGUGUUACAGUCUCCGUCGAUCGGCGGUCGGACAGCUUAUAAUAGUCCGAUGAGAUCGCCGUUGGGGAAUCACUACCAUUCGCCGAGGAGAUCGCCGGUGGGGAAUCACUACCAUUCGCCGAGGCGAUCACCGAUCGGCGGAUCUCCCUCGGUUCCGCAAAGAAGGUCGUCGAAUUUGAAUUUAAUAUCGCAUCGCAGAAAAUGAGGAGGAGGUAAACACAUCCAUUUACUUCUCAAAGUAUUUUAGCUAUAUAUAGCAUUUUAUUUCUAGAGUUGUUAUAGUUAUGACCUCUAAAAACUCAAAAAUAUGAGGUUUAUUAUUAACAUAUAGGACACAUAUGUUGUAUAUAUAUAGUUUUGUUUCA